AUGUUCUUUGGAGUUUGUAUUUGCAUUUGGCGUCUAACAAGGGAGACGGAAACUGGCGUCUUUAUUGCUGUGGAAUUUCUUGAUCAUUCCUUUAACUUCGGCCAAGGAAUCCUCAUUUUCUCAGUAUUUGGCUUCGAUGCUGAUCUGAUUAUUAACCCACUAAUCAAUUGUAUUUCGACGUUGCGCUUUUGGGUUUCGGCUAAUCUCUCAUGGCCAUCACUUCGCUUGGCACAUCGAUUGAGAGAAGAGGAAGUGGAGCAGUUCGUGGCCACCCAAUUGCCUGUCUGCAUGCAACAGAUCUGCACCACUCUUUGUUUAUCGGGCCGUACUCUCGAAUCGGUCUUCAACUUCGGCGAUUUUCACCACUGGGUUAGCCAGAAGUCGGCUGCUGAAGGUCGUCAUCAGUCGCGUGAAGAUACCGCCUCGCUUCUAAUGGCCUUGACAACUGGGAAUCUGGUUCGUCGUCUAACUGGCAAUAGUGCUGGGACUCGCGAUGUUGAGCAUGGCGAAAGUGCAAGUCCGACUCUUUCCACUUCACCUCCACCCUCAUCUCGCCGCCAAUCUCCUCUCAGUCCAUCAGAUGAUUCGCCAAUUCUCUAUCAAUAUUUAGGUUCCUCUUAA